UUAAAGGUUCUUAUAUCUAAAAGAGUACUGUGACAGGGCCUCUUUUAUCUAUUCAAGAACAUUGAGACUUACCUAGCUAUUUCUGGUGUGGGGCAUCCUCCUUUGUACUACCAUUUCAGAAGCUGCUUCUCUAUUUAUGAGAUAGACACUGUGAGUAAAUAGGAUGAUAUUUCAGGUGUGACAGAUAAGUAAAAUAAAGAAGCAGCAGCUAAACAUGCAUGGAGGAUAUGAGUAAAGGUUAGUCUUUUUUCUAUUUUCAUUGAAUGGUUUUCAAUUUCCAGUGAGGGCAAUGGAGUAUCCUAAACACCCUGGAGGAACAGAAGAAUGCAACAGCAAUGAGUCAGGUUGGACGAUGUAUAUCGGUUCACCUUACCUUGAUUAUAAUCAAGGAGGUGAUGAUGAUGAUAAUGAUAAUGAUGUCGAUGAUGAUGAAAGAAGUACUCCAAGGAAGGGAUACAAGUAUGCUAAUGAUCAUGUUGAAGAUGGUGGUAGCGACGAUUCCAUGACAUCAGAUGCUUCAUCUGGUCCAAGUCAUCAAGGUGUACUAUGCACAAACAUAGAACAAAUUUAUGGGAAGCAUGUAGAAAAUGACAUCAGGAAGUAUUCAAGCAAGGAACAACAACAACAACAAAAACAGGCAAAGAAGAAAUUGUCUGAUAAGGAUACAAAAGCAGCAAAAGAAGAUUCAGGACAUAAUGCAAAGAGUGGAAAAGGUUAUGGUUAUUACAGAUCAACAACAAGGGGAAAACAUGUGAAUUAAGAGCCAAAAACCGAUACGCCACAAUCACUGUAAAUCCUUCUGCUUUGAUUCCCAUAUCUUAAGUGGCAAAUGUAAUGCAUCAUAUAUCCUAUAAUGUCAAGAUUUAAGAGUGUCAUCCAUGAGGUAAAUUCACAUAUCUUCUAAUGUCAAGUUUUCAUCUCUUUGACUCUUUC